UGUCCCACGAAAGAAGGCACAGGGAGAGGAGAAGGCAAAAGGGGGGAGGAGCGGGGCUUGGCGACGGAGAGAGACACGAUGGCGAGCGGCGGCGGCGUGACAAAGAAGGAGAUCGGCGGGAACCACGACGUGCUCCGCUUCGGCGUCAACGACAGCGUCAAGGGCGACCUCGCGCCGCUGCACCCCGUCCAGGCCAGCGUCCACAAGGAGGCCAAGUUCUGGGCGGACAAGAAGAGGUUCGGGGCGGAUGCCAUCUACGGAUCCGCCUUCAACAUCCGCAAGGAUCUCGAUGCCCAGAUCCUCUCCAAGUUCCAAAGGCCCCCUGGUGCAUUGCCAUCAUCUAUGCUAGGAUACGAGGCGCUGACUGGUUCCUUGGAUGAUUUCGGGUUUGAAGAUUAUCUUAACUUGCCCCAAGAUUCUGACAGCUUCCGUGCCCCGGACAUGCACCACGGAAUGGAGGUUCGGCUUGGUUUGUCAAAGGGACCAAUUUGCCCUAGUUUCAAUUGAUUCAUCAAAAUGUAUUUCUCAUGUUACACUACUCAUCGUUCAAUAUCUAUAUUGCUGUGACAUCUAAGAACUACAGUUAUUGCAUAUGUUUGAAUCGUUGUAAAACUCGAAUUUAAUGUUGUAGUAUUUGAACUUAUGUCUGGUUUGCCAAA